UCUGGAAAAACUUUUUGUUGGUGGUUGAUUGAAUUGUAUUGAAGAGGGUAGAAAAAAACGGAGAUAAAAUAAAUAAAAAGUUACACGUAAACCUUUAUUGGCUGUUGUUUAUCAAUUUAAAAUAAUUGAAGAUUAAAAGAUUUAUUAGAAUUGUGAUAAAAACAUGAAGCUUACUGUUCAAAAAUGUUUAAAGUUUUUUGCAAUUUUUAUAUUGUGUGCUGUGUCUGCCGUUUCCGCUGAUGACCCAUUAAAUCCUAAGGAACAAAAAGAGAAAUCUACCAAACUACCGCCAUGUAAAGCUUGCACCACUUUAGUGACAUCUUUUAAAUUAGGCCUAGAGAAAACUAGUCGUGGUAAACAUGCUGGCGGUGAUGCUGCUUGGGAAGAGGAAAAACUACGUUCAUACAAGAACAGUGAAGUGCGUUUAGUAGAAAUUCAAGAGCAAUUGUGUCAAGAUGUAAGACGUGGUCAGGAUCAGUGUCACAAUAUGGCCAAUGAUCAUGAACAUUUGCUCGAAGAAUGGUUUACACACAAACAGACGGAAGAGGAAGAUUUGCAUAAGUGGCUGUGUAUUGAACAAUUGAAGGCCUGCUGUCCUAGUGGCCAUUAUGGUGCUGACUGCAAGCCUUGUACCGAUUGUCGUGGCAAUGGCAAGUGUAAGGGCGAUGGUACUCGCAAGGGCAAUGGCAAGUGUAAUUGUGAUGAUGGUUAUGCGGGUGAGGAGUGUAAUGAAUGUUCCAAAGGCUUCUAUGAAGCUUUUAGGGAUGACAAGAAACUGCUGUGUUCGGAGUGUCAUAAAGCAUGUACUAAGGAUGAUGGUUGCAAGGGAGCUGGACCAAAAGCUUGUGUAAAAUGUAAUGAAGGUUGGCGUUGGGAUGAUACUAACGGCUGCUUAGAUAUCAAUGAAUGUUUAGCCAAAACUCGAGCUUGUCGACCCAAUCAAUUUUGUGUUAAUAAUGAGGGAUCACACAGUUGCUUAGAGUGUGAUCGUUCAUGUGAGGGCUGUGAUGGUGAUGGUCCAGAUAUGUGUAAAAAAUGUGCUGCCGGUUAUAGUCUCAAGGAUGGAAAAUGUCAAGAUGAUUCUAAUGAAAAACGUGAUCAAUACGUUAAUAUAACACGUUUCCUAACAUAUUUUGGCUUGUGUGUAGCCACUUGUGUUAUCUUCCAAAGUUCAACACAUAUUGCUUAUAUUGUUGGUGCCGCUGUUGCCAUAUACAUAGCAGCUUCCGAAUAUUGGCUUAGCUCAACACCAGCUGGUGCCAAUAAACCACAAAUUGAUACAAAACAAUUAGAGGAAAUGUUAAUGAAAUCAUUGUAAUUAUAGCAAUGCAUAAUGAUAAUGAUUUUAUUUUUUUUUUAGGAAAAAUUUUUAUCUCCGGCACAAGAAGAUGAAAAUACUAACAUUAAGCAUGAGGAAGAUGAAGAAUAUACACAAAUAGAACCUCCCUAUGUUAGAGAUGAAUUGUGAAUAAUUUAUUUAAGUAGUAAUAAAGCACAAAAUUCUUCCCUCCACUAAACGAAAAAGACACAAAAAAAACAUACACAAAUUGCCACUAAGUUAAUUUAAGCGCAUCAAAUGUUAACUAUUAAGUUAUAAAGCAAUUAACAGCAAAUUUAUUUAGAAAGCCAAAUAUUUAUAUAUGUUUAACACAAGGUAUUUAUUAAGUUUAAUUUUUUUCUAACAAUAUUUUUUCCAAAUAAAUAUUUAAGUUUAACACCA